GAUGUUUUACCAUCUCUAGCGUCACUUUUUUGAAAAAUACAAGUUAAUUUGGGAAAUAUAUCUAGUAAACGAUUUGAACCGUGCAAUAUGUAUACAAAUCUGGACCUGAACGCCCUGAGUGUGGAUGACAUUGUGGAGGAGUACAAACUGCUGCACGAUCGUCAUCAGCAAUUGAAGGUUCAGAGCGAGAAGGAUGCGCAAAGGAUUUACGAGCUAAAGAGGAAUUUGGACACCGCUUUGGCUGCAGAAUCGUAUUUAACGCAGGAAUUGGAGCAACUGAGUAGCCAGCCGGUGGCCAGCAAGUCGGCAGCGGAUUCCCAGGAACUGGAGGAGCUGCGUCGCAAGUACAAGUCGCUAAAGGAGGAACAGGACAUCCUGCAGCAGGACUACGACUCCAAAGUGGAGGAGUCCUCAAAACUACAGGAUAAACUGGUUGCCUUUGAAAAGCAAUUGGCGGAUAAGUCGGCCAGCAGGUCAACGGAUACCCACGAGGAUUGUUUGGCCCGUUUGAAUGCCCUGGAACUGGAAAACAGCGAACUGAUGCAGAAACUCUCGGAAUAUGAGGAUUCCCGGGUCACCAACACUCUGGUUGUGGCCGAAAAAGAGAAAACCAUUGAAUGCCUCGAAGAUCGCGUGAGUUGCAUGGAGCAGAAUCUCAAUUGCAAACGAGACGAACUGGAGGAGAAGGUACAAUUGCUGGAGAGCUGCCAGGAGCAGCUGGUGGACGCCAAUGCCAAGAUAGCCCUGCUCACUUCUGCCCCCAAAGACAAUGAUCGCAAAGGCAACUCGUUGUUCGCCGAGGUGGACGAUCAAAGGCAGGUGAUGAAGCAGCUAUUGGCGGCCCAGAAGAAGAGCUACCUGGACAUGAAGAAGACCUUCACGGACAGUCAGUUCGAGAUCAGACGGCUGAAGCGGGAGAACGUGGCCAUGCACACCGAGUUGCAGGCCUGCAGCACCAUCUUCUGCAGUGCGGAUAAAACCUACCAGAACAAACUGAACGAGCGCAUUCGACAGCUAAUGGCUGCCAAUGACAGUCUGGAGAAGCAGCUGAAUCUCUCCCAGGAGCGGAUGCGCCAGCUGGCCAGCGAGAAGUCGGUCACUUGGCUGGACUCGAUGCUGGAUUUCUGCAAACGCGAAACGGACGAGCUGAAGGCGCAGCUGCACAGCAUGCGCAUCCAAAAGGCUGGACUCGAGGAGCGAAUGCGAUCCGUGCAGCAGGAAAUGGCACGCUGGCGCUUUGAGUCGCUGAAAUCACGCUGUGUGCUCAUUGAUCGCGAAAAUCUGCUGACAGAGCACAAGAUCGGUUUCAAACCCAUGCAGGCCAUGGAGUUUGACAUCAGGGAGGCGGAACUCAAGGCAGCUUUGCCACGAAUCGUCAGUGUGGCUCCAUCAUCGCCCUCUCCAGCUGCUCAAUUAACUGCAAUGAAGACUUCUUUGAUAACUGCCACGGAAAACACAUCCAUAUCUCUUCCAACUUCUACUGAAAUCAUAGUUCUUGAUACGCCCAUUAAGCGUGUCAUUAAGGAAGAGGAAAAGGAACCUAUUGAAGAGGCAGUAAAAGUCAAAAAAGAGUCACAAGAUUCUGCUGUAGGGCCCUUGCCUAACAGCACACCCAUUAAAGCAACAAUGGGUUUUAAAAUAAAAAGAGAAGUCAACUUAAAAGUGGUUGAGAAAGUCCAACUAAAUAUUAAAGAGGAGGCCCCACUAAAUACGGAAUUGGAAACUUUAGAAUUUAUUCCAAAGCCUAUUCAAAAAUUCGAAAACUAUAAAGAGACCCCUCAAAAGGAAAUCAACCAAAACGAAGCCGAAGAAGAGGAUGUUAAAACUACAAACACCCCAGUCAAACCUUUGAUGAAAGGCACGCCAGUUAAGAACCUUUUGGGUGGCAUAAAAGUGAAAUCCAAUGAAGAGUUGCUGGGCACAGGAAAGUUCAAAGCGGAGACACCUGCCAAACCUUUGCGCAAAGGAACUCCUGUAAAGUUUAUUAAACUAGAAGCCGAAACCCAAGAUAGCAGCGAAGAGUCCUUCAAGGAGACAUCUCCCAUUGGAGUAAACAAAAUCGAAGGAAUUGAAAUCCUUGACAGUCCCACGCCACAAAAACCACAACGUAAGGGAACUCCAGUGAGGAUUGUGGCCAUCAAAGAUACCACCAACAGCAAUGUGCGCUCUAUCCUGAGCAAAAAACGCCAAGUUUUUGCCGAAGAUUCGCAAAAAGCGGUCAAGUUUAGUGCGAGCGAUCCCAUUGUCCACAACUUAAGUCCUGCCGAGAGAUUGCUCAAUGAAGAGGUCGCCAAGGAAAAUGAAAAGCCAUUGGAAACUGAAGAAAACAAGGAGAUUAAACCCGUAAUCAAAAAACCAAAUAUCAUACGGCGUAUUGUAGUAAGCUCAAUGAAACCCACGAUGAAAUGAUUUCUUCUUGUUUUCUAAAAAAAUCUAGACUUAGCCAAUCUUAACCAUUAGUAACACAGCAAGUCAGAGAAGUUAAGUUUACAAAUAGAGACAAAUAAAAUGAUGUAAAUUUGUUUUUUAUUUUACCGAAUUUCGAGA